AUGGAAGACGUGUCGGUCAGCUUGGAUUUCGACACAUUGCGGGAGGAGGCUUGGCAGCUUCUCUGGAAGCGCCUGUUGUCCACGCGCGCUGCAGCACUGGGCGCACAGUCGGUGCAGCGGGCACUGCUCCUGGAGGCGGAGCUGCUGCUUCGCCAAAGAAAGCACCACGAGGCCUUUCUUGCUGCCUGGGCGCUGCGCUUCAGUUCAGGCGACGAGGCGCAGGUGCCCUCACUCGCGGCUGAGCUGCCGCAACUUGUUCCUGCAGAACCUGUUCCGCCGAAGUGCUGGUUGGCUUCCUGUGCCGUCGUCGAGAUGGUUUGUGCUUAUCAACUCGGUGACCGUGAACAUGCAGUGGUCCUGCGAGAAGCGCUCCUGCAAGCAGACCGCAGUUUACUCUCCAGGCACCUUCAGAAGCGUUUCGAAGGGACGGCGGAGGUCUUGGACUUCGUCCCUCAGUUCUUGAGUCUGCUGCAGGAUCACCGGUCACCACGGGCAAGUUCUGACGGCACACGGCGGCUGUAA